GGUUUUUGUGAAACAGGCAGGUGUCUUUCAGGAUGCAGUCAUGGCUUCUGGUCUUUGUGAGAAUUGCUCGCGACUCCUCAAAGAAGUUGCUGCUUAUUUAAGAAAAGUUUGCAGAGAGUUUCAACAAAAAAUAAGGGACAUUUUCAGAGAGCUGUCUCAGUGCACCUGCUUUAGGACUACACCUGAGAGGAAUUUCCUGAGGAGGACGACUCAAGAGUUACACCUGCUGUAUGAUGAUGAAACCCAACUGCUCAGUCAGGAAGGUCUGCAAACACUGAACAAACUUGCAGCCUCAGAAAGCACUGAUCUACAAAUGACUGCAGCCAUGUAUUAUUUACAUCUCAGUCAUCACCUGAAAUCUCCCCUUCCAGAAGACUUCAUGGAGCCAGUCAUGGCUUUACUUUUAUCAGCUGACCUGGACGUGCAAAAGACCAUCUCCCUCGCCUUGGUCAACCUGUUAGUAAAGAACAAUGUGUGUAAAGAGUUGGUGAUUGAAAUGGGGAUGCUGGUGCCCAUACUGGAGUUGUUCCAGUCUGGUGAUGCAACUGCUCAGUGUCACUCCUGUGCCUGCGUUGCCUUGCUGGCCUCCUCAGAAUCAAACAGAGAUGCUAUCAUGGUGGAUGGAAUCAUACCGCUGUUGGCUUUAGCAAAAUCCUAUGACCCACAGGUGCAACAGAACGCAACCUGGGCUCUGUUACACCUCACACAGUCAGAUUGGUCAACAAGGAUCUUGUGUCAGGCAGGAGCUAUCCCUGUGUUGGUUCUUCUGCUGCAGUCCUCAGAUUCAGAGGUUCAGUUUUGCAGCUGCACUGCUCUGUGCAACAUUGCUGCUAUCCAGGAGUACCACCCAAAAUUGUUGAGCAUUGGGGGUCAUUAUUUGCUAAAGUCUCUUUUGACUCUCGUGUCUUCUUCUGUGCAAAAGAAUUCAGCUCAAGCUUGCAGAUGCCUGCAAACACUCUCAAAGAAUGUUCUGAUCCAGGAGCAGCUGAUGGACCUGGACUGUGUGUUGCCUCUGAAGGCUCUUCUGAAAACCUCUACUGCUGUGUGCACAGAGCCAGCUGUAACACUCCUGUCUGCACUGUCAGCACACCCACCAAACCAUGACGUCCUCGUGGGUGAAGGACUGUUGGAUGAAGUUGGUCAGUUGCUUCAUCAUCACAGGUCCAACUCUGCUAUAGUCACACACAGCUGUGUGAUAAUCACUAAUCUGUGUAGCUCCAGCAUGGGUCAGCAGGCUUUGAUGGAAAGUCUAUGUUUAUCUGGACUCCUCUGGGCCCUUCUGUCUCCUGCUCUGUCAGAUGAGACUUUGCUGCAUGUGACAUCAUGCAUACAUCACCUGAUGACCUGGGAUCUACUGAGGUCUCACCUGUCAGUGACACUAACAGCACAACAAGUUUCAGGACUGGUGAAGCUUUCUGGACAAACACAAAAUCCUCUGCUGUCAUAUAACUGUGCAGCCAUCAUGAGCAAACUAGAAAUGACUGAGGAGAUCAUCAGCCUACUGAGACCUCACUACAUCGCCAUGGCAGAGUAUCUGUUGGUAUUUCUCAAAAAUAAAGAUGUUAAAUUCCAGCAUCUUGGCAUCAUUGCAAUAUUCAAUCUCAAAAAAGAUGGAGACUUUUCAUCUCUGUUGGCUAACAGUGAGCUGGAGGUCCAGCUCAGGAAGGUGCAUGCGCAGACGGAGGAAACGAGACGGCUGCUGCAAAUGAUUCAGCCUCUUUCUCCAUCCUCUGUUAACCCAUGACUGUCUCAGAGAGAUGUGUACAGUGUGGACUGUGUGAGGCAUUUACAUCCAUACACUGUGUGGACAAACAGCAUGUCACGUUUUAAUGUGUUAUUUUUUACUUCAUUGUUUUCAUCUUAAUUACAGAGUGUUAACUGAAAAACAAGGCAGAGACGCAGCAUAGUAUCAACUUUAAUCAAACAUGGCAUAUUUUGACUUCUCAACAGGUUAACAAGUGAUAGUUAUAAGCAAUACUUAAACUGUAAGAUCAAAUACUGAUGAUCAGAUACAUUUUGUUUUUAUAUGCUUUUAUUAUAAUAAAGUCACUUAACCUCUA